AUGUCUGGUGCUGUUGUGAUCAGUCUCUCUGCAUCGAGUAAAACCGGCCGAUUUUUCGCCUACCACGUUUUCCGUCGGGAUGCCGAGAAAAAAGGGCCCAUGGGCUUUCUACAGGUUUCGCAAACGCCAGAGCUGCUAGAUUUUGUCCCGGUAAAAAUUGGCACCCACGUCCCUACCGAGGCGGUGAGCUAUGACCAGACAUAUGAGGCUGUGCGGUGGAUCAGCGGCCUGAAGCCGAAGAAGAUCGUGCUUGUAGAUUUUGGUGCUCGGGCAGGGACUCUUGCUCAGUUUAUUGAGAGCAUCAAAGGCGACCCGACUCUUGGAGAAAUCGGGACGACGAUCGUGCAUGUUGGUUCAGAACAAAAGGUUUAUUCCGCCGGUGAGAUUAAGGAAAGCCGCGAGUCCAUGCAAACAAUGGGCAAGGUCCAGUUCAAUACCUCUGGGGUUCAGGACGCUGUCAUUGCACAGUCGACUGCGAAAGCUUUCUACGACGAUGUUCAGCUUGCGUGGCAUGGUUGGGUUGGCGUCAGCCAUGAGAUUAUGCCUGAUAUUCAGUUACUUCUCGGCCAGGGUGUAUCUGGAGACGAAGGAGUCGAGAAGGGAUGGAGCAGACUGUGUCAAGGGUCUGCGAUUACACAGGAAGGAUUGGUGUAUACGAUGUGA